UUGUUUAAUUGUUGCAUAUAUGAAAAUAGGAGCAGCUUGAACUUGAUGGUAUGUCGGGAAGAUGUGGACGCAGAAACAUGGCUUCGCUCUUGAAUGCGUUUAUGUCAGAAAACAUAUAUAUAUAUCGGAUAUAUGGUGUGUUUGGAGUGUUGUUAUUCGUUUUGGCUUCGUCGUCUUCAUUAAUCCUUACCUGCUGUGGCAUCGAUGAACCUUAUUAUUUCAAUGUCAUCAACUAUGGAGCCACCGGAGAUGGUUGUACAGAUGAUUCACAAGCAUUUGCAGAGGCAUGGGAUGCAGCUUGUAGUUCCUCACUUGAAUCUGCAACAUUAUAUGUUCCGCCGGAGACCAUAUUUUUAGUGGACCCCAUCAUUUUUCACGGCCCUUGCAAUGCACCAAUCAUCAAUUUCUUGAUUUUAGGGACAAUGAUAGCACCAGAAUCACCUAGGUCUUGGGAUGAGAGAGAUGCAAGUGUAUGGUUGGCAUUUAAGGAUAUGAAUGGCCUAAAGAUUGAUGGUUAUGGUUAUGGCGUGAUUGAUGGGCAGGGCAAGUCUUGGUGGGAUCAGUCUUGUAAAUACCAUCCUCAUUUGGAAGAAUGCACAACUUUAGCUCCAACGGCGUGGAAGUUUUUGGGGUGCAACGAGAGCGGCAUUAGGAAUUUGAAGUUUAUAAAUAGUGCCCAAACACAUAUACUCCUCAAAGGAUGCAACCAUUUCAUCAUUCAAAAUCUGAUUAUUCAGUCCCCUGCAAAUACCCCCAACACAGAUGGCAUUCACAUUCAAUCAUCUCAUCAUCUCCUCAUCACAAAUUCUACAAUCGCCUGCGGUGAUGAUUGUAUCUCAAUUGGUGACUACGUUUCUGAUAUGGAAAUAAGCAAUAUUGAAUGUGGACCUGGUCAUGGAAUCAGCAUUGGAAGUUUAGGAAAAGGAGGGAACUAUGUGCAAGUAGAGAACAUUCAUAUAACCAAUGCCAUCUUCAAUGGCACCUCAAAUGGAGCUCGGAUCAAAACAUGGCAGGUGGGAAGAGGAUAUCUUCGGCGCGUGACAUUUGAAAAACUGGUAUUCCAAGGCGUGAAGAAUCCCAUAAUCAUCGACCAAAAUUACUGCAACGUCAGGGGUGGAUGCGAAGAGCAGGAAACAGGAGUUGAAAUAAGCGACGUGGUUUAUCGACAAGUAGAAGGGACAUCAGCUUCGAGGAUUGGCAUUAAUCUUAAGUGUAGUAAGUCGGUACCAUGUUAUGCAAUAUGGAUGGAAUCAAUACACUUAACAUCGACUAUAACUGGAAACCAACUUAUCGCAAGCUGUAGUAACGCUUUUGGUCUAGAACAACACACACUUCCUGGACCAUGUCUACAACCAUGAAAAUCAGAUACUCUUUAAAGGAUUAUUCUUUGCAAACUUUGUAUCCUAAAUACUGCUAAAUUUGCCGAUGCUAACUAUAUUUGAUGAUGGAAUUUUAGUGUAAGUGAGGUUGUGCCUAAAUUUGACUUUUAUAUAUGCAAUAUCAAUACUUCUC